AUGGGCUCCUCAAAUUCCAAACAUACCCCCUCACCACCUUCAGAAGACGAAACCUGGAUCUGUGCUGCAUGUGGAAAUGAUAACAAACUCUUUCACAGUGACCGUCCGGAUGUAGAGAAUGUGCGGCACUGCUCGGUUGAGCAUUGCAAAACGGCAUGGCGAUUCGUUGAAAAUGAGAACAAAUGGCUCCUGACGGGGAAGACUUGUGGUGACGCCGAUGUCGAGGGCUCUUAUGAACCAUUAAACAUGGAGUAA